AUGGGCAAGUGCAGGGCUGGAGGUCCGCGUGUUGAUGCGACGCUUCUUCUCCAUCUUCUCGGGAGGAUUGACCUAACGCGGAUUACAACGAUAGACAUUUUGAUCCGUCUUGAUGGCUACGCACCACCCGUUCUCGUUGCAGGAGACUCUGCAGGCAUGCAGAGGGAUGCUUCAGCCAGGGACUUCGAACGACCGCCCACUUCGAGUCAUGAUUCCCAGCGGAGACGGAUCCUACCCGAUGGCUGGGAUCGCCUCUAUUCUAGCAGCCAGACCUCGCAGGUGGCGACGGACAAGGGCGUGGUCUCCUCAGCACACUUCUCCGCCUUCAUCAGAGCUGCGGUUGAAAAGAACAACAACGCCCUCACAGAGAAGGUCGCCGUCUGGCAGGACCAGCACUGCAUCAAUCAGGCAGACGGCCGUGAGAAGAACGCGCAGGUCGCAAUUAUGCAGCGGAUAUACUUCGCUGCGCAGUGCACGAUGAUCAUGCUGGACGACGUCGAAUUCUCCGCGGACGAGUUCAACACGCUGAAGCAGAGCAAGACCACGGAUGUGCAUCUCGCUCUCGUCCGCAGGCUAUUGCGCGCACGCUGGUUCACCCGCGCGUGGUGCUCACAGGAGUCAGUGCUCAGUCGCAGGGCGAUCGUGUGCGUACACCAGACGGGGCGGCCCGACUCGCCUCUUCUGUUCAACGUUGACUACAUCUGGCAGUGGCUCGACGUCGCGCGGCGCCGCGAUGGAACGCUCCCCUUCUUCAGCGAACCUCGCGGCUCGAUCACCGAUGCGGCCUGGACCCGGAUGGCGAAGACCAGUGCUUGGGCCCUUGGUAUCGUCUAUGAGAUGGGUUGCUACAACCACUACGACAAGGUGCCUCUCACAAAUAACCUCCUGCGGCGCAUUUAUACAUUUGACGAUCCACCCGAGGCGUUCGGCGUCAACGAGCCCUGUAUCCUCGAAAACGUGCUCAAGAUGGUAAAUGUGAUGGCGAUUGACCAACGCGACUUCUCGCUGCUGUUGGCGAACAGCGUUCAGCAGAAUCCUCUGCGCGGAAAACGAGGAUUCGGGUGGGCUGGCUAUCCUGUGAGAGGAGAUCGAAUUGCAGAGAUGUGGCACCCGAAAGACUACGAGGUCGCGAGAGACCCAGACAUUGCGGUAGAUGCAACGGGGCUCACCGCCAGGGGUAUCAUGGCCAAGAUCGUUCUGCAGCAUGUUUGGAAGCUGCAGAGAGAUAGCGGCGGGCUGCACGUAUCCGUCGACGGGGUCCACAAGUUGGUCACGUCGGACUGGCCGAUGCAUGAUGUUUUCCGGUCGAGCCGCCCGCACCAGCUCUUGCGAGACUUCCUCUAUGCGCUUGAGGCAUUCGACGACAGGGGCGAUCCCGAAGCCGAAGUGUAUUCGCGUGCGGUGUACGCGUAUCUGCUCGAGGAGGACUACAAUUAUCAGCCGGGGCCGUUUCGCGGGGACAUGAAGGAAAAUAUGAUACAGACGUUCGGGAUGCCUUCACCAAAACAGCGUCAUGUGGCGGACGCCCUGAAUUUCAUCCAGCGCGACGAGGGUGCGGCAUUCAGCACUGUCCUGUUGGACGAGGGGACGGUGCUCCUGGUGAGUGGCAAUGUGGAGAAUAUGCGAAAUUCGAGGAUCUUCCAGCCGCACGUCGUGCGCCCGAAGCUAUUUUCGUAUCCACUGGUAAUUACUGUGAAUUCUAUGGUCCUUGACAAUGGGAACCCUCACCAAUGUAGGGGGUUCAGAAGUCCGUAUCAAGAUAACAUAAGGGGGAGUGGCGUCGACGAGAGCGUCUUCGUCGACUUGUAG